AUGAGCCGAUCCUGGACCCCCAAAUCGAUUCCGCAACUCACCAAUGAACAGGAAAGUCUUCUUUUGGAAAGAGUCUGCCAAUACUCGCUCGCCAAUGGCCUAGUAAUGUAUCCACCGGGAUUCACAAUCUCUAAUGCUGAUAUAGCACCAGUGACGCUUUUCCCGACCCCGUUUCCUAAAGAUUUAUUCGAACAUGCUGUGAAAGUACAGAAACUGUUUAACAGUCUCUACGCACAAGUCGUUUCUGGCCAGAGAGAGUGGCUUUUGGAGAUCUCCAAGGAAUUGGCCAAGUUCGACCGUGACUUCACUGGUCAAUUGUAUAAAACCUAUAUUGAAUCUGUAGAAUUGAGUGGCGGAAAGCCUUUGCAGCCGCUCUCGCUCGGGCUUUUCCGCUCAGAUUAUAUGUACGAUGAGAUUGAGCAUUCGAUUAAACAGAUCGAGUUCAAUACCGUCUCUGUAUCUUUUGGAGGGCUUUCCACCAAGGUUGGAAAAUUGCAUCAGUAUUUGAACAGUAACGGCAGCUACAAUCCUACCGAAAAGUUCUAUGGCGAGGGUAUUCCAGUGUCUAACUCUAUAAACGAGUUGGCUCUGGGUCUAGCCGCCGCCAACGCAGCAUACAAUGAUAAAGUUAACAAAUCACAGAAGCCGCCCGUUGUUCUCUUUAUUGUUCAGGACAAUGAACGUAAUUGCUUUGAUCAGAGACACGUGGAGUAUGCCUUACUAGACAACCACCUGACCUUGUCAUAUCGGUGCACAUUGGAGGCCGCCAAAGAGUUCACUUUCAUUAAAGACGACAAAUUGUACAUCAAGACCACUUCGGAAGAAGUGGGUGUGAUCUACUAUCGUUCGGGUUAUAGUCCUCUGGACUACGAAACAGACCCAGAGUUGACCUGGAGCAAUCGCUUAUACUUAGAAACCACAUAUGCUAUCAAGUGUCCUUCGCUACUCACUCAAUUGUCAGGCACCAAAAAGGUUCAGCAGGCCUUGACGAGUGCUGAGCUUGUGCAGUCAUUCAUGCCUGAGCUCAGCUCACAAGCAACGCAGGAGCUUCUAGACACGUUUGUCAAAAUCUAUCCUUUUGACGACUCUGAGGAGGGAAAAAUCGCCAAGAAAUUGGCAUUUGAGUCCCCUGAAAAGUUUGUCUUGAAACCACAAAGAGAAGGUGGUGGCAAUAACAUCUACAAGGAAAACAUCCCAGCAUUUUUGAAUAGCAUUGACGAGUCUGAAUGGGGUGCCUACAUCCUCAUGGAAAUAAUAAAUCCCCCAACCUAUGAGAACAAGAUUUUGCGCCUGGGCCAAGUACAUCAAGAGCACAUCAUUCUGGAGCUCGGAAUCUUUGGAACGAUUUUAUUUAACGAGGACACCGGUGAGGUGUUGUCUAACGAAAAUGCCGGACAUUUACUCAGAUCUAAAGUCAGCUCGUCGAAUGAGGGAGGAGUUGCUGCUGGGUUCGGCUGCUUGGAUAAUGUGUACCUUCAAUAG